AUGACCACCCCCGUACCCUCCCGCUCCCUGCAGGCCUCAGCCCUGUCUUUCAUCGCCUUGUCCGUCGGACAUACGCUCGGAGGAGCCCAAUGGACCGCCGACCCCGCCUACACCAUUAUCUCAAAGACUAAGCCCUGGGCGCUGGGUAUUGUAGGGUGGUAUCAGGGAAGCGCCUUCUUUUUGACGACUGGCCUAUUGCACUACCAAUGGUCCCGCAACCCCCUCGCCCUGCGCGACCCCACCAACAAAGCCAUCGCCCUCAUCACCAACGCCAUGCUGUGGGCCAGCUCGGUCUGGUACUUCCGUCAUGGAAUCAAGGAGAACGCCCUCGUCGUGGGGUUGGGGGCUGUUGUGCAGGGGGUGGCUGUGUGGAGGAGUUGGUUUUAGAUUGGUGCUCAGCGGGGUGAACGAAGAAUCGGUCUGGAGGGGAAAGAGGGGGUACUAGAGGAGUGGAUUAGUGAGGAGAUUGGAGUGGUUCGUUGAGUUAUAUGUAUCUGAUUAUUUUGGACUAGAUGUCUGAGUCAGGGUGUAGAUAGUAGAGAUAAUAUACAUAAGUGAAAG